AUGCUUGGCCCACCAUCGACUCCGCCCUUGAAGAGGCGCGCGAGACGCUUGCGGAGGGGAAAGAUAAGCCGUGUGGCGGUGGACGAAAUGGGUGAGGUGAUCGGUUUUAUCGGCGGUCAGCCCGAAUACGACGGUCGGGUCUGGGAGAUUCACCCUCUGGUCGUUCGACCCGAUCUGCAGGGCCGAGGCAUAGGGCGUGCUCUCGUGACCGACUUCGAGGACCUCGUACGGCAGCGAGGUGGCAUCACCAUCAGGCUAGGGACCGACGACACCGAGGCCAUGACCACCCUGUCGGGAGUCGACCUCUAUCCCAACGUAUGGGAGCACGUGGCGCGAAUACGGAACCUGCGCGGCCACCCCUACGAGUUCUACAAUUAA